AAUUCACCCCAAAUUCACUCCACUCUUUCUCUCCUCUCCUAUCUUCUCUCCCCGCCACAACUCUCUCUCCCUCCGCCGGAAAAAAGCUUUACCCACCAAACCUUUAACUCCUAAACCUUUCUCAUACUCGUCAAACCAAUUAACUCUGUUUUUACCUCUGUAGAACAACCUGGACAACCAGUUACCGCUCGAUGGAAUGACGGACUUCCGGCUACCACCGACGACUAUGAAUCUUUGGGCGACCACCGACGAUAAUACUUCAAUGAUGGAAGCUUUUAUGUCUUCCGAUCUGUCGCCGUUUUGGCCGCCCCCACCGUCACUGCUACCAGCACCGCCACAAUCUUCUGCAGCUUCAACAACAACGAAUACAAUUGACCCGACAAAGAGUUUGAUCCAAUCUCAACCGUCCGCUCCUUUCUUCAACCAAGAGUCCCUUCAACAGCGCCUUCAAGCCCUAAUUGAUGGCUCUCGAGAGAGCUGGACCUACGCUAUAUUCUGGCAAGCUUCGGCCGGUGAUUACGCGGGUCCAUCGUUGUUAGGGUGGGGUGACGGAUACUACAAAGGGGAAGAAGAUAAAGGAAAGCGCAAAACGGCGUCGUCUGUAACCUCGGCUGCUGAACAAGAGCAUCGGAAAAAGGUCCUCCGUGAGCUCAAUUCUCUUAUUUCCGGUCAACAAGCCUCCCCUGACGAAGCCGUCGAUGAAGAAGUGACAGACACGGAGUGGUUUUUCUUGGUUUCGAUGACUCAGUCGUUCGUUAAUGGAAAUGGACUUCCAGGCCAGGCCUGCUUCAAUUCGGCUCCGGUUUGGGUCGCCGGAGCGGAAAGACUCGCGACGUCUAACUGCGAGCGAGCCCGUCAAGCUCAAGGGUUUGGCUUACAAACCUUGGUCUGUAUACCAUGCUCAAAUGGUGUGGUGGAGCUGGGUUCAACUGAAUUGAAGUUUCAGAGCUCGGAUCUUAUGAAUAAGGUUAGGGUUUUGUUCAAUUACAAGAGUAUAGAGAUGGGCUCGGGAUCUGGCUCAGGGUCAGGCUCGUGGGCUUUGCCGACUGAUCAUGGCGAGAAUGAUCCGUCGGCGCUUUGGCUUACCGAUCCUUCGCCGCCGGCUAAGGAGUCUAUUGAUACUGCUCCGGCGAAUUCAAUUCCUUCGAGUAAUCUGUUAGUGUCCAAGCAAACAGUGUUUGAAAAUCCUAGUUCGAGUACGUUGACUGAAACUCCUAGUUCAAUUCAUGUUCACAGUCACCCUCCACAGCACCAAAGCCAAGCACAGGGGUUUUUCACCAGGGAAUUGAAUUUCUUUGAAUCUGGGUUUGAUGGAAAUAGCAUUAGAAAUGUGAAUUCACUUUCGUGCAAGCCCGAAUCGGGGGAGAUAUUGAAUUUUGGGGAGAGGAAGAGAAGUUCAAGUAAUGGAAAUGGAAAUUUGUUUUCGGGUCAAUUGCAAUUUGGGGCUGCAGAGGAGAACAAAAAGAAGAGAUCUCCCACCUCGAGGGGAGUAAUGAAGAGGUCGAGUGGUGGUGUUGGUGGUGGAGAGUCAGAUCAGUCCGAUCUUGAGGCUUCGGUGGUGAAAGAGGUUGAUAGUAGUAGAGUGGUGGACACUGAAAAGCGACCGAGAAAGAGGGGAAGGAAGCCUGCCAAUGGGAGAGAAGAGCCAUUGAAUCAUGUUGAGGCAGAGAGGCAGAGGAGAGAGAAGCUUAAUCAGAGGUUCUAUGCCCUCCGAGCUGUGGUUCCGAACGUGUCGAAAAUGGACAAGGCUUCACUUCUUGGUGAUGCUAUUGCCCAUAUCAAUGAGCUGAAAUCGAAACUUCAAAGUACGGAAUCAGAUAAAGAUGACUUGAGGAAUCUAGUGGAGUCAUUGAAGAAGGAAUUGUCUAGCAAAGAAUCGCGGUAUUCAGCUCCACCUCCACCAGAUCAGGAUUUGAAAAUGUCGAAUCAUCAUGGAAGCAAUAGGGUAGAUGUGGAUAUAGAUGUGAGGAUAAUUGGGUGGGACGCCAUGAUUCGAAUCCAAUGUAGUAAAAAGAACCACCCGGCAGCAAGGCUAAUGACAGCCCUUAAGGAGCUAGACCUAGAUGUGCACCAUGCCAGUGUUUCUGUAGUGAACGAAUUGAUGAUUCAGCAAGCCACGGUGAAGAUGGGGAGCCGGAUUUACACGCAAGAACAGCUUAAGAUAGCCUUAUCAUCCAGAGUUUCCGAAACAUGA